CAGCCUCAGGCUGCAGCUCCUAUCGUCACCUUUGGUUAGCACGCUGGCGGCGUAAGAAGUGCGCACGUUGUCUGCCCGCAUACAGGAGUCGGCAGCCAGAAGGCGUCAGUACUGCUGUAUACACAGGGCUGUGUCGGGCGCACUGGCGAACACUAGUGAUGCUGACUGUGUCGGGUAGACUGGCGAACAUGGCGUCUGGACUGGUCUGUAGGCUCGGUUUUUUUCUAAUCUUAACAGCGUGGGUUCCGCAGAAAGUGAACGGGGCAUCUUUCCGAGAGAGGCCGGAGCCGGUUGCAGUCCUUCGUGGCCAAACUGUGGUCAUGAAGUGCGCUUUCAAUGGAUUGGCCAGUGACGACACGGUGAUAUGGCAGGGGGCAACCGACAACAAAAUACACAAAAUAAUAUCAUAUGACAGAAACGUACUGAAGGCCUACAGACGCCAUACGAUUGUCGGCGAUAGCUUGAGAGGAGAAUUCAACUUGGAAAUCAGGGAUGCUCAGCUAAAGGACGACGGAAAGUACAGUUGCUACACUCACCCAGAUGACACCGCCGACGCCACGUUGACAGUCGUCGUUCCGAUGCCGACUCCUCCCACCAUAACGGGUGGAGAGCUGGUAGUCACCGCAGGGGAACAGCUGUCCCUCACCUGCCGAACGUCAGGUGGGCAUCCCACACCUCGACUCACCUGGCUGAACGGAACACAGCCGUUCAGAUCGGCAACCAUGUCAACGAAUGAAGAUGAAACUUUGGAGCUGUUCAUCCCCCGGCUGACCAAGUGGGACAACGGCGCCAACUUCACCUGCCUGGCCGACCAGGGGUUCCCCGAGCUCGCCAAGCCUAAGGCAUCAUCCAGAAUCCUGAGAGUUAAGUACCCGCCGCUGGUGCAGGUUCCCAGUCCGUCCGUCCACGUGAGAGAGGGUGAACCGGCCAGCCUCAGCUGUAUGGUGGACAGCAAUCCCAAGGCUACUGUGACAUGGCGGAAACUGGGGGAUAGUCUUCGCUCCUUCAACAUGCCCAGGGACCACGUCCUGCAGAUUCCAAAGGCGUCCAAGCACGACGGCGGACUGUAUCAAUGUGAGGCCGACAAUGGGGUCCCACCAGUGGGGUUUGGAACUAUUACUCUUCAAGUGUACUAUCCCCCCGUGAUAGACGCCUCGAUGGAAGACAAAGUGACGAUGCAGUUCGGACAGGAUGACCGGUACCUCCAGUGCAUCGCUGACGGGAACCCCAAGCCUCACAUCCGCUGGCGACGGAAGGAUACAAGUCUGUACUGGGGCAACCCGCUCCGCUUCCACCGGGUGCGUUACGACGUGCAGGGCACGUAUCAAUGCGUGGCUGCCAGCGACGGCUUCCAGGAAGUCACCAAGGACGUGUACGUCGACGUCGUAGGCAAGCCAUCUAUCCACAGUGGUCUGUCGUCAAUUGUCGUCGCAGAAGGAAAUAACGCGAGAUUUCACUGCGAGAUCCUGGGUGACCCGCUGCCUAGCCAUGUGACCUGGUUCUGGCGGAACAAGCAAUCGGCUGAGGUUGUUGUCAUGACGACAGAUGGAGGCAUGUCCAUCGUCGAAAAGGCGACGGAUGAUGGGAUGUCCAGCACCCUCCUGCUGAAGGAUGUCGGGAUAUCUCAGGAGGGGACGUACAUCUGUCAGGCCUCCAACAUGUUCGGGGAGGCGCGCAGGGAGAUCCACCUAGAAGUGACAGGCUCUCCUGGAUCGCUGGUUGCCAUCUCCGUCUCCAUGGCGACCGUUGUCCUGGGGAUUGUGGCAGCAGUUAUCGUCUGCGUGGCAGUGAAGAAGAAAUGGGUGUGUUGGGACAGCAAGCAAGACACAUCUACACUGUCCUCUACGCGCUCGGUACCUCCUGCCCGAAAGGCCGUGAAGAGACUGGGACAUGGCACGAACGACUCCGGUGUGGAGGACCUGGAACUGCAGGAGUUGGACGGGACGCUGAAGCCACGUCCGCCGCCUCGGGGGGACAAAGAAUGGACGUCAGUGGGCCUGUCAUAUACCCGGCUGGCGCACUCUAGCACGCUGCCUCCCUACACCACCGUGGAGCGGCACCGGCCGGACGGGGAGGACAUCCGCUCACGCGGGGGCAUUCCGGAGGAGGCCAUCAUGCCAGACCCAGAGUACAUUGCCGUCGCUGUCCCGACCCCGCCGGCUCAGGACAAGAGACGGUGGAGCAGACAAGCGGCAUCUAGCGGCUCACGUUUGUCUUGCAGUGUGCGUGAGGUUGAUGAUAACCAGGCAGACAGCAUCUAAAGGCGUAACGUUAUACGUCUGGGGUGGAAAACUCAACUGCACCUCUUCUAUUACCGUGACGGUGGCGUACGUUUCUAUGUGAAUAGAAAUAACUUUGAUAAACGAGCUGAGCUUGAUUCAUGUUUAACAUACAAAACGUAGAGGGCCAUGAUAAAGAAAAUAUCAGACCUUGAUGACCAUGGCAUCAACCACUCAAGGGAGAAUGAGGAAAAGUGGGUGCUGAAGAGGAAUGGUUGCUCCAGAUAAAUGGGUUGGUUGGCCGAUAGCCUGGUAUCCAAUUUGUUAUAGACGGAGAUUCUUAAAGUGCAAGGAUAAAAAGACUGGGCAGCUAUAACAGGUUCGGAUACCCGGCUAGUUGGCUGGAUGAGUUGUAUAUGUAUGUGUAUGUGUGAUUCCAGUUACAGAAUUAUAAGACACAUUUACACAUUCUAACUCUUGUUCAAAUGCAUCUAUCUUCACCGUGGUGAUAACAUUGUAAAAAUAUGUGUCAGAAAAGACUGUUUUUAAUUCCUGUUUUUAAUUCCUGGCCAACAGUGCCAAAGCCAGCAGAAAUCCUCAAUGUCAAAUAUGGCCACUUUUGGGUGAUGCUGUCAAUAUAUCAUGUGUUGAUUGGGGUAUAUAUAUACAUAUAGAUGCUUUGGGGGACCACAAAAGGGGUUGCUGGAAGGUAAAAAGAAGACAGAUGGUUGCUCAGCGGACUUUGUAGAACUGGAUGGUAUUGUUUCAAUGUGGCUUGUGACUAGAGAUGGUACCUGUACCCAUUUACGGAGAUUAACAUACUCACAAUCUUGUAUAGUGCCAAAGUACUUUUAUUGAAGCAUUUGCUGCAUGUACAUUGCAGGCAUGGAGGGACAUGUUUAUUGUAAAGUCAUCAACACAGCAAGUCUUAUACAGAUCACAGACUUGGUAGUAUCAGAAGCUAUGGCCAUGACACUAAACUGGGAUGGGCUGUGCUCUACUGUUGUAUAACAUGCACUUUUAUACACUGUUAGACAUCCAGAUAAUAAAGUAGACAAUGCAAAAUUGGCUCAAGCAACUGAUCCAAACUACAAAACUUAUCCCAGUAAGUUUUGGAUUGUGUAAUAUACACUCUGGCAUUAUGGUUUUGUAUCAUUUUGUGAUCUACCGGUAUAUAUAGACUGCUAGAAAGUGUCAUUAACUCAGAGACACAAGACAAAAGGUAAUUUUCAGAGCUGUUCUAACCUGCCUGGCUGUCUGCUUCAUGUCCCUACACUACAGUUUAUAAAUGUCGGCUAUCCAACAUGGAAUGUUGCACACUUAUGCAGCUUCUUUGAAGACCA